UGGCUUUGUUGAUGUUUCACUUUGUUUUAAUUCCCGGCUCCCAAGAUGGAGGUGGCGCUGGGGCCACGCGAGUUCCUGCGGCUGCUCCCGGGGCUUCUUCUUCUGCUGCCCUCCUGCCUGGCUGCCCCGGAGCCGACAGCCGCUUUCUCCCAGCUCGAUAACCAGGAAAGCAUCAAGAUUAAAGUUACAAUGCUGGAAAACAACAGGGAUGUUCAGGAAGGGCAGGUCAUCCUUAAUAUUACCUAUGUAAAUGGUCAGGUUUAUGUAAAUGACUUUCCGCUGAAGAGUGGAGUUGCUCGGAUUAAAUGUCAGACUUUAAUAUUGGAGAGUAGUAACUCUGAAACACUACAGGAAGAGCAGCGAUUAGGAAUUGUCAGUGUUCGCAUUAUGGUCCACGAAUGGCCAAUGGCAUCCAGAUCCAACUUACGGUUGAUUGUCGUUCAAGAGGAAGUGACAGAAAUUGAUGAAAAGCGGGUUCAGCAAGAUGAAGUGACUGAAAUAGACAUCUUGGUAAAAGACUUAAGAGUCCUUAGGCACUCAAAUUACACUGUUCCUUUGAAGGAAAGCAUGCUGUAUUCCAUCCCCAGAGACAACGAUAUCUUGUUCACACUUCCAAACAUAGCAGGAAAAGAUAUUGAAAGUCCGCUACAAACAACCAGUCACUACCUUCUAAGACAAGUAGAAACUACAGUGGAUGAAGAGACAAUGCCUGGCAAGUUGCCAGAGACUCCUCUCAGAACAGAGCCUCCAUCCUCUUAUAAGGUGAUGUGCCAGUGGGUGGAAUACUUGAGAAAAGAGCUCUGCAGGUUCUGGCUGCAGUCCUUUCCAGUGUUCUUUAAUCUAAUGUUGGUCAUUGUUGUUGGAGUUGUUGGAGCAGCUUUAAUCAUCAAAGUCUUAAAAGUGUUUUGCCCCUCAUGUGAACCCAGGGGAGUCCUUCAGGUUGAUCUCAGUGUCAUCCCUGUGGUUGGGAUCAGCUUACUUCCAGAUAUUCCAGAGAAGACAGAUAAUAUAGAGGAAAAAUGUAUUUAAACACAUUCACCUUAAUUGUUUGAAUUUGUUGACAUGGUAUUUGACACUUGAUUCUUAAUAUAUUGUGUUCCCUUUCCUAUACAGACUAUGAACGAUCAGUGUUUUAAAAUGUUUUAAGAGGCCCCAAAGACUACAUCUCCACUUCAGCCACCUUAAUAAGUUAUUGACAGAAGGGGGAAAAAUAGCAGUCUCCCUUCCAUAAGGACUUCAGUAAGUUCUAACUUCUAUGAAGUAAUUUCCCAUCUCCUCAUAAAAUCGCCCCGACUACACUGGUUGCAUGAACCUGCCACACUAAUCUAAAUAACCUGCUGCCUUGAAACACCCUGAGAGAUUUCAAUAAUGAUAUGUGAACAUAAUUAAGACUGCAGCCUUAAGCUCCACAGAGCAAUGAAAAUAUUAAGUGAUUAGACCCCAACAACAUGGAACAGCGUGGACAGGAUUGUACACACCUGUGAGAAAAGGAAAGCUAAUUUAGGCCUGCUGUCCUUAAGUGUGCCUUAUGGGAGAGAGAGAGGGGGGGUUCAUCCUGCUCUUACAACAAAUUCAGUAUUGGUGCAAUGCUUUUUGGUGCAUGAAAGGCAAUCUGACAUUACAAGCACUUUAUUCAGUCAUAUUUUUUUUUUAAAAAAAAGGCCUCUUCCCACUGAAAGUUGUGUUUGUAAAACUGUACUUCUUGAAGUUGCAGUACAGUAUAAAUGCCUCUUACCCGAGAGAAAAUGUCUUCAAGAUCCCAAUUUACUAAGAAUUGUUUUACAUAUGGAUUUGUACGAUCACAGCUUUACAAUAAAUCCUUAUCUGUUGAGAGAAACGG